AGUCCCCGCUGGCGGUCUGGUGCAGGGGGUGGGACGGCGCGAGCGAGCCGGGGGUCUACGUGGGCGCGCGGGGGCCCGGGGGCGGGGAGGUAGCGCGCGCUCCCUAGCUUGCCAAGCGGCGGGGCGGCGGGCCCCGCCCGGGGCGGGCCGGGAUGGCGCCUCCUCCUCCUUCGCCCCAGCUGCUGCUGCUGGCAGCCUUGGCGGGGCUCCUGCGUCCCACUGAGGUGGUGCCUGAGCCGGCGGAGGAGGCAGGAGGGCGUUGUCCGGAGGGCCUGUGGCCUCUGCCCCGAAAGGUGUCACCAAGAGUGACCUACACACGGAUGAGUCCACGGCAGGCUGAAGAUGUCAUCUUCCUCUACCACCCCUGUGCCCACCCCUGGCUGAAGCUUCAGCUUGCCCUCCUGGCUCAUGCUUGUGUGGCCCAGCCCUCACUGACCUCUGACUCCGGCCUCACUCAGGAUCGGCCCCUGAUGCUGGCAGCCUGGGGGAUGGCGCUGGAGAUGGCAUGGGUAGAGCCAGCCUGGGUUGCCCACUGGCUGAAGAGGAGGCGGAGGCGGAAGCAGAGGAAGGAGAAGGCAUGGUUCCACUCUGACAGCCUUUCUGGGCCCUCUCCCUUGGUGCCAACACCGGGAAGAGGGAGGCUGUACCGGAGAGGGUGUCUGCAGGCCCCAGCUCUGGCCUUUACUCUGCGGACCUGGCGGCCCCCAGGCACAGAGAUGGCAUCUGCAGGGUCCAGGCAGCUCUCUCCUGGUGGUGCUAAGAGGCGUGGGCUGAGGGCUGCCCUGGGGCUUCAAUCCACCCCCUGGGACCUGAGGUUGCCCUCUGCUUCCCCAUGGAGCUUUGAGGCCAGGGAGACCACAUUAGAAACCCCGGGUAAUGCCCUAUCUGUGCCCACUGGCCCCCUGCUACCUGGGGUGCCUGGAGGCAAUGCCAGUUCCAGGAUAGAGGCUCAAGUGCCCAAAGGGCAAAGCAGCCCAGGUGGCUGUGCCUGUCCGAGUCAGGCUUCCCGGGCCCCUCAGGCGGCAGCAGCACCUCCCAGGGCAGCCCGGGUCCCCACCCCACGCACGGAGGAGGCUGCCUGGGCUGCCAUGGCCCUGACCUUCCUGUUGGUGCUGCUCACCCUGGCCACGCUCUGCACUCGGCUGCACCGAAACUUCCGACGUGGGGAGAGCAUCUACUGGGGGCCCAUAGCGGACAGCCAGGACACCGUGGCUGCUGUGCUGAAGGGGAGGCUGCUGAUGCCCCCGCGUCGGGUUAAGCGCUCGCGCCGGAGACCCCUCCUCCCGUCCGUGCCCGACAGCGGCCCGGAUGGGGACAGCUCCGACUGACCUGCCGCAGCCCUGCCACUGUGGCAGGUUCGGCUCCUCCUCCCGCCGGGAGGCCGCGACCUCUGCCACGUGGACCGCACCCAGGGCCGCCCCCUGGUGGCCAGAUAGGGCAGUCCUGCCUAAGCACUUGCAGAAGGGUUCGUCCUUCAUGUGUGGUUUGCGGGGAGAAAAAGGAACUGUUUUUCAGCCUCCCUUGCCAAAACUCCUUGUAUUUCUAAUUAAAUUAUUUUAGUAGAGCC